GUGGCGAGGGCUCUGUGCGCCCGGGAACCCGACCUCCGCGCCCCGAGCAAGAUGAGCGAGGCGGACCAGGCCCGUGUGGGGCCCACGGCUGAAGAGCCCUCGCCGUCCCCCGAGGAGGAGGGCGAAGGGGGCGGGAAGGAGCCGACGACCGAAGCGGCCCCCGGGCCCAGCGCCGCGUUCCGCCUCAUGGUGACUCGGAGGGAGCCGGCCGUGAAGCUGCAGUACGCGGUGAGCGGCUUGGAGCCACUGGCCUGGUCGGAGGACCACCGCGUGUCGGUGUCCACGGCCCGCAGCAUCGCCGUGCUGGAGCUUAUCUGCGACGUGCACAACCCUGGCCAGGACCUGGUGAUCCACCGCACCUCGGUGCCUGCACCCCUCAACAGCUGCCUCCUCAAAGUUGGUUCAAAAACAGAAGUUGCUGAGUGCAAGGAGAAGUUUGCUUCCUCUAAAGACCCCACCAUCAGCCAGACUUUCAUGUUGGACAGGAUGUUCAACCCCGAGGGGAAGGCAUUACCCCCAAUGCGGGGCUUCAAAUACACAAGUUGGUCUCCCAUGGGUUGUGAUGCAAAUGGCAGGUGCCUCUUGGCAGCAUUGACCAUGGACAAUCGCCUGACUGUGCAGGUGAACCUCAACAGACUCCAGUGGGUUCAGUUGGUUGAUCUGACUGAGAUUUAUGGAGAACGUCUUUAUGAGACCAGUUAUAGACUCUCUAAAAAUGAGGGUCCAGGGGGAAAUCUUGGGGAUUUUGCUGAGUUUCAGAGGAGACACAGCAUGCAGACCCCAGUCAGAAUGGAAUGGUCAGGAAUCUGUACCACUCAGCAAGUUAAGCACAAUAAUGAGUGUCGGGAUGUGGGCAGUGUGCUCCUGGCUGUCCUCUUUGAGAACGGGAAUAUAGCUGUGUGGCAGUUUCAGCUGCCAUUCAUGGGAAAGGAGUCCAUCUCUUCAUGCAACACCAUUGAGUCGGGAAUCAGCUCCCCUAGUGUUUUGUUCUGGUGGGAAUAUGAGCACAAUAAUCGGAAAAUGAGUGGCCUUAUUGUAGGCAGUGCUUUUGGACCGGUGAAAAUUCUCCCUGUCAAUCUCAAAGCAGUCAAAGGCUACUUCACUUUAAGGCAGCCUGUUGUCUUGUGGAAAGAAAUGGACCAAUUGCCUGUGCAUAGCAUCAAAUGUGUGCCACUUUAUCAUCCUUACCAGAAGUGUAGCUGUAGCUUAGUGGUAGCAGCAAGAGGCUCCUAUGUGUUCUGGUGCCUUCUUCUGAUCUCAAAGGCAGGUCUGAAUGUUCACAACUCCCAUGUCACAGGCCUUCACUCACUGCCCAUCGUCUCCAUGACUGCAGACAAGCAGAACGGAACAGUGUACACCUGUUCUAGUGAUGGGAAGGUGAGGCAGUUGAUUCCUAUAUUCACAGAUGUUGCAUUGAAGUUUGAACACCAGCUGAUUAAACUCUCAGAUGUAUUUGGCUCAGUGAGGACUCAUGGCAUUGCAGUGAGCCCCUGUGGUGCUUAUCUGGCCAUCAUCACCACUGAGGGCAUGAUCAAUGGCCUCCAUCCCGUGAACAAGAACUACCAGGUCCAAUUUGUUACUCUCAAGACCUUUGAAGAGGCAGCUGCUCAGCUCUUGGAAUCUUCAGUUCAGAAUCUCUUUAAGCAGGUGGACUUAAUUGACCUAGUCCGCUGGAAAAUUUUAAAAGAUAAACAUAUUCCUCAGUUUUUACAUGAAGCUUUGGAAAAAAAGAUUGAAAGCAGUGGGGUCACCUAUUUUUGGCGGUUUAAGCUUUUCCUCCUAAGGAUUUUGUAUCAGUCAAUGCAGAAAUCCCCUUCAGAGGCCUUAUGGAAGCCCACCCACGAGGACUCAAAAAUCUUACUGGUUGAUUCACCUGGGAUGGGCGAUGGUGAGGAUGAACAGCAGGAAGAAGGCACUUCCAAGCAGGGGACCAAGGCUGGCCUGCAGGAGAGGAGCAAAGAGGGUGAUACAGAGGAACCCCCCGAAGACUCACUCACUGCCGUGGGAGACACCGGAGGCCGUGAACCCAUAGAGGAAAAGCUCCUUGAGAUCCAAGGGAAGAUUGAGGCUGUGGAGAUGCACCUGACGAGGGAACAUAUGAAGCGGGUCCUCGGAGAAGUGUACCUGCACACCUGGAUCACGGAAAACACCAGCAUACCCACCAGGGGACUCUGUAACUUUUUGAUGUCUGAUGAGGAGUACGAUGACAGAACAGCACGGGUCCUGAUUGGACAUAUCUCCAAGAAGAUGAAUAAGCAGACCUUCCCCGAGCACUGCAGUCUGUGUAAGGAGAUCUUGCCAUUCACGGAUCGCAAGCAGGCAGUUUGUUCCAAUGGGCACAUCUGGCUCCGGUGCUUUCUAACCUACCAGUCCUGCCAGAGCUUGAUAUACCGACGGUGUUUGCUUCAUGACAGCAUUGCCCGGCACCCUACUCCAGAAGAUCCUGACUGGAUUAAGAGGUUGCUGCAGAGCCCUUGCCCUUUCUGUGAUUCCCCUGUCUUCUGAGUGUUCGUGAGGAGGACAGAGGAACAUGGACAUGGCUGUAGAAAGUGCCCUGGAGCCUGAGGAGCAGGUGUGCUGGAGGACCUGGUGCAGGGCGGUGGAGAGACUCUUCUGACUGGAAGCAGGGAGGUCUUCUUGAGCUCAUUUCGCCAGCAUAAACACUAUCUUCAGGAACUGAAGUCACCUUUUAAAUGACUAAAUGUAGAGAGUUUGAAUCAUUUUGAGGUGAACAUUAGCCACCCUCAGCUCCUCACCCAAUGAGGACAACUUACUUUUCAAGUGUCUUGCCUAAAGCAGUUGAGCAAAGCCUUCUGCUCCUUGAGACAUAAUGGGCUCUACCAGAGAAUCUGAGGAACUCGCUGUGACUUAGAUUUUGCUUUGCUCUGGAACUGCCUGUGGCUCCAAAGGACUCAAAUUGUUUGGUACGUUACUCCCUGUGCCAAUACAUCUUAAAGUGUCUAAAGCUGUGUGUGGCUGGUGUUUGCUCAGCAGAUUCUUUUGCCCAUUGACUUGUUUCCAUACACAUGGAAGACAUUUUCCUAAAACUAUAUUUUUGAAGCCAAGAAAUAAAAUCAAUCUUGAUGUAUCAAAUGAUCCAGGUGACUUAGAAGUUAAUAAUUGUCAUUUAUUUUUAUCUCCUGUGUCAUCAGAUUUCCUGACCCAGCUCGUUAGUAUGUCAGAAGAGAUUGAGUACCCCUUUCCUAAUCACAGCCCCACAUUAUCCCCAACUGUGUAACCUAGAUAUUGGUACAUAAAGGGGAAGUAUUUUAUUCUUUUAGUAUUAAAUUGAAGCUUCAGUAUUUUUAACAUUGACUGAGUCAGACGUCUUACUGAGUAUCUGGGGAGAAAGUGGGCCUGCGGAUUUCUGGAGAGAGGUGGCAGCGUGGAGUUGGAGGUCCUGGGGCUCUGCUGCAAGCACAUGAAGCUCAAGUGGACAAAUCUGGGGAUUUCUCUCCUGCCAAAGGGCCUUAAUAUUUGAAAUAACAGGUAUUGUUCUGUGGGCGUACAGAGGAGACACGCACACUUGUUUGACUGCUAGCUCUUCACCAGACCUGAAAGCAUUCUGGAACCAUAAUCUUUGGUUUUUUAAAGUACGUUUCCUGGGAUUGGUGCUAAUGAACUGGAUUUAGUACACACAUUUUGAAAUUUUACAUGUAUUUGGAAAGUAGGGUGGAAAGUAUACAACAUGAAAUGCUUUGCUCCUUCAUGAUCCUUUCUUGCUUUUAUUUUAACAUACUUUCUCGCUUUGAUUUUAUAUCCGUAGUGAAAGACAUUCUGUCCUCACUUCAGAAAUUCUUGGUACUUGGGUACCACAGUGAGAGACGAGACCACAUGCCAUCCUGCCAUCGAAAAAGUAGCUCCACACUGGGGACAGACCCUAAGACCAGCAUCUAUUCAGACCAGAGGGGCAGCAAAGAAAGAGCCCUGACUGACCCAAUUCAGACUAUACAUGGCUGCAGCACAGCCUACAACUGUCACUCUUCAUGGAGACAUGGCAGGAGUGGAGAUGGUAUUGAUGAUUGUCUCCACUCUGUCAACUAUGCAUGCCGAGUUUUCUUUCUCUUGCUCUUUGGGAUCAAACUCCCUAGGUGUUUUCACAGGGGAAUUUGGUUAUUAACCAUUUAAAACUGGGAGUGAUACCAGGGUCUUGUAGUUGCCUCUUCCAGUUUGAACUUGCCUGUGCUACGAGGUGGAGUUGAGGUAGCUGUUUUAGCAUGGGAGGAAGAAUAGCCAUAGAAUUGCUGCCCUGCAUUUAGAAGGCUGAAUUGUUUAAAGCAGUUGCUCAGUUUUGAGAAAUUUUAACAAUUAGGAGUGAUGAAAAUUUUAAGGUCUGUGCUUGUGUCCAGGAAGAUGGCAACUGGAACACAAGCUCAGUAAAGGACUUAGCCCAGCAGCAUUCUUACCACAGCCAAGUGUCUCCACAGCUAGUAGGGAUGCUUCCCUCCCAACUCCCACCACACACUGAUGUUAAUCUUCAGAGCAGGGUGAACAAGAGAAUUUGGGAUUGAUGGCAGCGUCCUGCAUAGGGCACUUCUGAAUUCUUCUCUAAGGGUUGGUAUAUAGGACCCUGGAGGGUUGAUGGAGGGGCCUUGGGAGACUGAGAGUGACACCAGAGUCUGGUAGUUGCCUCUUCCAGCUUUAACUUGCCAGUGCUAUGUGGUGUUGCAGCUAUGGUAGCUGUUUUAGCAUGGGGAGAAUACUAGCCAUCGAUUGCUGCCAUGCAUUUAGAAGGCUGAAGCAGACUCUACAUUGACCACACAAGCUGCAACACUGCUAUGUAUCAGGUCUUCUCUGCCUGGGCUUAUUUGUUUCUGUCAUUGUAGGUAUGUAGUAGCUUGUUCUAGUUGGUGUUCAUGCUGAAGUCUUGAUAUGUUCACCCCUAGACUUGAAACUGUCUUUACCAGAAGCUGUCAUGAACACCAUCAAAGUCUGUGGUCAGAUGUAGCACAUUCCUGCUUGUUCCUCUAGGCUCUAGCAAGUUUUUAAGAACAUCUAUAUAGAAGGCUAGACCUAGCAACAAGCUUAGCAAGUUAAUUGGAUUGGGAAAGUUUUGUUUCUGUUUGUUUUGUUCUGUUUUUGAGACAGGGUCUCACUAUGCAAUAGUCCUGGCUGUCCUGGGACUUCUUUGUAGACUAGGCUGGCCUUGAACUCAAAGAUCUGCCUGCCCCUGCCUCUUAUAUUGGGAAAGUUUAAUCAUUUGCUUGGCUAUAAUAGUAUCAGAUAAGGUGCAGAUGGUAGAACACAGCCCUGGUCUGGGAGCCCUGCACCCCUGGGUUUACUGAGUAGCUGCAGUUCCUGAAAUGGACUAGAUUUGAGUUCUGGUCAUCCCCUUCUUGCUUUACCUUCCUCAGGAAGCAGCACUAGGAUGCUUUUAUAGUGAUAAAAUUUCUAAAGUCUAAGCCAUGUUGUAAUUCUUCCUAGAGGAAACAUUGGGGAUCUCGUGAUCAAAGAGCUGACUUUGGGCUCUUUGCCACCACAGUGUUGCUGUCUGUCCUGAGCUGAAUGGAGUACACUCCAAGUCAGCAUGGACACCCCUCCCCCAACAGUUAAUCAGAGACUAAAAGCUCUUUCAUUUAGACUUCAGUAGUCACAGGUAGGCUUUGGCAGCCACUCAUGGUAUGUCCUGGUAGAGAGCAACCUUGCCUUCCCCUUGGGUUGGAUUGAAGGACGACCCUGCAGGGUCUAGCGAAGUGGAUUGUCUGGCUUUAGUUACUGUGGAGCAUCAGUGCCCCCACACACUUUAGACUGUGCCUCACACUCUCUGUUACUAGACCCUCAACUGUUCUCUCUUGAAGCUGAGAAGUUCUUAAAGUAAAAUCUGCUUUGUGUCUGUGUAGCCUUGCUUCUAGCUGCCUACAGAUACAGCAUCUCUGCCCGAGUAGCAGGCUGAAGGCAGUGUUCAUGGGUUUUAUUCCUCAAAGUCAUGUUUAUAUUGAGGGGAGAGACGCUGAUGCAGUCAGGGUUCUAGUCAUGAGUUUAGUUAGAGCCAGAUGUUCACCAGCAAGGCCUAACUAUUCCUUCAUGGUAAUUGAGCUGAGCAGAGAAGGAGGGGGAUGCAUCCCAAUCACUCUGUAGGCUCUCAAGCAAAAAUGGGGUUCUGGGUUGAACAGAUCACACCUCGGAGUUCUGAAUCUCCUGUUUGUUUUUAAGAUUAAAAGUUCCUUAUCUCAAGGCUGAGGGUGUAGCUCAGUAGAUGGAGCACUCAGGAGGCCUCAAGUUCCAUCCUCAGCACUGGGGGAGAGGAAGGGCUGUUUACUGUUUAUAUCACUGUCGUGAAGUUCUGUUGUUUCAUAAAGAAAAAUAUUCUAAAGUAGAUUGGGUGAGGAAUGAUGGCACACACCUAUUGUUCUAAGCACUCAGGAAGCUGAGGCAGGAGGAUCAAGUUAAAGACCAGCCAGAGCUGUAUGGAAAGAACCUGCCUCAGAAAACUAACACUGGCCAGAUUGUGCAGCAGAAGAGCUGGUAGUGAGGGCAUUGCAACGUUUCCAGCCCAGGUCUACAUUUGGCUGGUGGGAUAGGUGAGUGCCCAUGUUCUCAUUGCCUCUCUGUAUGGUACUAAUAUAAAACCAAGUGUCCAUGCACUGUUUCCCAAGCCUUCAUUUCACAUUUGUAUUGAUAGGACAUGGGUGUGAGCAUCACACUUGAUCAAACAGAUGUCUGUUGUGCUUAGUGGUUGUACCCUCUGUUUACCCAAUGCUUGUGCUAAAGUUUGUGCUUGGCUUUGGAUUGUAUGUUUACACCUGACUUUUUAAUAAAGAGAAAAUUCUACGGUUA